UAUGAACAACCAGACUGUAAAGAAGCAAGAGAGCCUAGAAACAUUCAAGUACAAUUAAAGAGAGAAGAAAUGGAUUUUUGUGAUGACUUUAGUGAUGAUGAUGUUCUGGAAACUUCUGUGAAAAAAUCUGACAGAAGGAAGCCUUGCAAUGCAAAUAAUUUAAUGGUAACAAAGGGACAGCUUUCCUUAAUGCAGUGUGGAUUCUCUAAGUUGUUGCAGAGAGAAAUUGAAACUACCAAAGAAGAGUAUACUAGUUAUAACUCUCAUCAUUCAAAUGCUGAUGAUCAGGUCGUAAGAACAAAUAUGCAUAGUGAGCGUAGUGAUUUUCAGAAACGUCAAAGCCAUGCGCAUGUUUUGGAGGGUGGGAAAGCUGCUCAGUCACCAGGUGGAAGGGGUAAACAAGAUACGCGUAGUACAGACUGGCGUGUUUUGUCAGACUCUGAGGAGGAAGGGGACAGAGAAAGUGAGGAUCAGUGCGUUUCAGAGCAAGGUGAUGUAGUCUUUGAAACUGAACAGAGUUCUGAAGAGAAUGAUGAUGUCAUCUUUCCUACCCAAGUUCCAGCAUACCAAGAACCAAUGCUUACUAAAAAACUUGAAAUUUACGAGUCAGCAUCUGAAAAUUGUGAAGAGUUAGCAAAAGAAAAAGAUGGAUUGGUAUUUAAGGGAGACAGUAGGCAACCUGGAUUGCAUAGAACUGAGUCAAAUUUCAGCAAAGUCACGUCUUUUGAAGACAUCAAGAACGGCACAAGAGAUUUGAAAGGGGCAAGUGACAUAAGUGAUGAGUCUGAUGAUAUUGAAAUUUCCCAUAAUUCUGAAUCAGGAAAGUUAAGAACUUCGAGCUUUUUGAAAUGGAAAGAAAGACACACCCAUAACAAUGGACUAGGCAGCUUCUCCAAAUCUCUGCUACAGUCAAAGAAGCCCAAUAGGAAAGAAAAGGAAAGUGAUUCUCAGAAUAUAGAUGAAUUUUCAUCCUCUGAAGAUAACUUACCAGUUGAGAAAAUUAAUAGCAGAAAGGAAAGCUCUAAGUGUAACAGACAGAGACACAAAGUUCGGUUUGGAUCUGACAUGCUUCAUCGUAUCCAAGAUACCUCUGCUGCAGAAAUGAAGUCUGGCAAUUAUGCUGUGCGUAGAACUUCUGCAAGUAAUACUGAGUUUCAACAUCAAGAGCAAAAAGUGGAAUCAAUGGACAGAUAUUUAGAUGGUGUUCAAGAAGUGGCAUAUAUUCAUUCAAACCAGAACGUGGUUGGAUCCAGCAAGGCUGAGAAUCGCUUGAGCCGGUGGGCAGUGCGAGACGUAUUUGAGUUGAAGCAGUUUUCCCAGCUCCCCGCUAAUGUAGCGGUCUGUAGUGCCAAGAAAAAUGAAGAAAGCCUGGAAGAAGGCACAGCAGAGAACAACAUUAUCAAGGAAGGGCAAGAAGUGUUGGCGAACAGUAAGCAGCAGCACCUGUGCAUUAUGCAUCCUGUGACGCAAAAGAACAAAAAAGUGCAUAGAAUAGGUUCAACCACCUUCUUGGUUGGAAAGACACCUAAAGGAAUCCGCAGGAGGCAAUUUGAGGAAAUGGUAUCCUACUUUGAUAUGGGAUCAGUGGAAGAACUAGCAGAACAUAUUGCAAAAGCUACAUCAGAAACAAGGCAGAAGAUGUUGAAGGAAUUCUAUGUUUCCAAGCAUCCAGAGGUGGAGUCUUUCUUCCCCGUUGAAAUACCAGCACAAGCUUCACAUGAUUAUGAGGAAAGAGAAUCGGGUAUAACAUGCUCCAGAAGAAAAAAAAGCAUUGCAAAUUUCAGAAGAUCCAAGACUAGAUCUUCAUCAGCUAAAGAUCCACUUCUGAGUGGAACUACUGAAACACAGAGCCAGCAGAGUCACAAGGGAGAAGUAGAGCAACUUCACAAUGACUCCUACAUGCAAGAUAUGUGUGUUGAUGCAAGAUAUAAACAAUCGCCCACUGUUGCUACUCAACAUCUCGAAAGGAGAAACAGUCAGGCAUUCAAGGAUUUUAUGGCAUCUGGCUCAUUAAACAGUAAAUCAGAAAUAAUUGAGGUGCUGUCUUUAAAAAGUUGUGAAGGACAGCAGGACUCCAAAGGAACACAGCUGCCAAGAAAAAGAUCCCUGUCUCAGUCAGAAAAUGGGGAGAGAAAAGCUCAGACUUGUAAGAAAAAGUCUUUUGUGGACUUACUUGGAGAUACCUCUCUUCUCAGUGACCUCUUUAGAAAUGGUGGAGACAGGCCUACAGAAUCACAGAGGAGAUUCCCUUCAGGGCAGGUAGAAAAAUCAAAGGAGAGACCGAAAGACUUCUGGGACAUGCUGAAUGAGCAGAAUGAUGAGAGCCUCAGAAAGCUCACAGACAUAGCAGUCAUAGAGAAGCUAUGUGAAAGAGCACCUCAGCCCUCAGUGACAGAGGAGAGAGAAGUGUGUGAAAGUUCUCUUUGGAAAAAAAAUGAAAAUUUUCUAUGGAAAAAAUACAGUCCUGAUGAUUCAGAUGAACCAUCCACUGCUACAUUGUGUAAUGUAGUAGAAUGA